UUUUAAGCAUGACAUUUUUAAUUGUGUAGUUGUUAGCCCCAGCCCAUUCCCUACGCCGAGAACAGUUUAUACAAUACAUUUGCAGCUACCCUCCAAAUCUGGAGGCAAACCCCUCCACCUGCAACUUCAUAAUGUGCCAUACCGUUGCGAUUUAACAUGAUAUCACCUCUCCACGUCUUACUGACACAAUACAGUUUGUUUUCGAGAGUGAAGAAUAUACCUAGUUGGCAACCAUGUGAAUACGAUUGCUCAUAUGUCGUAAGCACUUCACACUUGUUUUUGUUAUCUUCUGUUGCGGUUUUGGUUAGAUUAUUGCCGGUUCGGUAUCUGUGGCUUCAAGUAUCAAGGAUUAUGCCGUGGAAAGCAUUUCAGUUCAUUGUUCUAGAAUUCAUGUUUAAAUACAAUGGUAAGCAUUACAGCAACUUUGUGAUUUGUACAGUGGAACGUUUUAAAGAAAAUUAGUGCCGCAAGUAUGGCUAUGAAAUAGCGGUAAUGAAAUGACUGACAGAAGGCAGGCAUCGUGUUGAUACCUCUGCUACUGCCUCAACCAUCAUCAGUUUCCUUUUUUCUGUUAGCACAAAAGAUCACUUCCUGAUGAUAUGCAAUGGAAGGAUUUAAAGACGUUAUUGCUACAUCAGCUUCAUUUUGUACAAUAUUACAGUUUUUUACUGGAAUUUUGGUUUGUCAGAAAUAUGUACGGAAUGGCACCACAGGAGAUUCUUCGCCUUUCCCAUUUGUUUCAGGAUUCCUUUCGUCCUGUAUUUGGUUACGCUAUGGUUUCCUUCUUCAAGAUCCAUCACUCAUCAUAGUCAAUACCAUAGGAACCUCAUUGCAACUUGCCUAUGUAGUUACAUUUUAUUUCUACACUAUAGCAAAGUCUGUAGUUGUCAAGCAGAUGCUAGGAGUUACAGCAGUUUUGUUGGCAUUACUCAGUUACACACAGUAUGAAACUGACUUGAACCAAGCUAAAACACUUGUUGGUUUUGUGGCCAGUUUGAUGACAGUUCUUUUUUUUGCUGCACCACUAACAAUGCUGGCCCAUGUUUUAAGUGUGAAGAGUGUGGAUAGCCUUCCCCUACCAUUGAUUAUGGCUACAUUUGUGUGCUGUUUACAGUGGCUUAUUUAUGGCUAUUUAUUGGAGGAUCCGUUUAUACAGGUACCGAACAUAUUGGGAACUCUCAUAUCAGGU